GCGCGAGACUCCGUUCGGGCCGGUCAUGUCAUGCCGCCACGGCACGCGACAACGCGCCACCGAAAACGCAUCCGAUAAACCCCGGUAACCUAACUAGUGCGAACGUUCACAAAAUAUCACAGAGCGAACACCACCACAGUGCGCCGAAAGUUUUAGCUCGACGAACUUUUGAGGUUAGAGUUUUUCCGACAGUUUUCCCAAGUUGGACGCGAACCUUUCGGCGACGCUCCGGCUUUUCUGCAGUUGCAUAACAAUGCAGGCCGCGUGGAAAUGUGUUUUGUGCGAUGGAAAUUUCGUGUGUUAAACUAGGUAUAUAUUCCGUUUCCACGCGGCGAGCGGCGCGCUACUGGUGAUUUGGACCGAUUUCAGUUUAACGACUCGUACCCGGUGGCCGCUUACGAAACGCUACAAGCAAAAAGUUUCGCCGAAAAAAGUUCCUUUGCAAUUCGCUUGACAACAGUAAUCACAUAAUUGUUUUAGCAAAUUUCCUUUCGCGCGCCGAUAACCACUUGCGCCGGAGUCGUGCCUAAAUCUCACAAUUCCAACGAUUAAUUAUAUGGGCAAAUAUUUGAGGGCCUUUGAGCCUUAUCGCGUGCUCUGUAGAUUCUUCAAAUUUACUAUCAUUCAGCAUAUUUACGUGGUAAUUAUUGGCCUCGAUCUGAACCGCUCUGUGGCUAAACUCUGUGACAUUUUGUGGUGGUGUCAGUGGUGUACAUUAUUUUGUGCUUUAUUUGCAGCUCUCAGGGAAAUGCUACUAAUAUCCAUUACCUUCCCGAUGUGAUGUUUUACAGUAGUAUCAGUGUUUAGUUCUGAGUUAGAAUUACAAUAACCACAAGUGAUUCGAUCCAGUUGGCAACGGUAGGAAAGUGACACGCCACUGGUGAACGCGGUUUUGAAAAAUAUCUAGUGUGAACGGUAUUUCGAAAGUGCAUCUAACAUCGUGGCUCCGACCUCAGCGAUAUACAUUGUGAUACGAGAAAACCUCACGCUGACCACAGUAGUGCAGUAAACCGAGCCCAGCGGUGCAAUAUUAGUGCAUUAUGUAUUACAUGAGCUGCCGCCACAGAUUCACAAAACGAACUGAUUAUACUUGAGCGUCGGGCGGUCGAAAUCCGCGCGCCGCUGGCGGCAGUUCGGGCGUUUCGAGCGCAUCCGAGAGCGAUAGAAUCGAAAGGCGAUGUCCGACAGAACAUCAUACAUUAGGCAUCGUGUUUAGAUAGUGUCGGUGCGUGUUAUGCGCACAAUUUGAGCAGUGACGGCGAUCGGGCGGCUGCAAUGGGCGCGGCGCGCCAUGCGUCCGCGUUCGCGCCCGCUGCGCUUGCUGCUGGCGGCGCUCGCGCUCGCCACCUGCGCCGCGGCGCCCGCGCCGGAAGCGCGCGCGCAACGCUCCGCCAACCUCAGCCACAUUACGGGCACCUCGCGUACUAUACAGAUGUUCCUCAAGAACCGCUAUCUGCAGCUAUUGCCGGAUGGCACCGUCAACGGCACCACAGACGCCAACAGCGUUUACACGAUACUUCAGCGUGCGACAUUGAAGGUCGGCCUCCUGACGAUCCAGGGGGUGUCCACUUGUCUCUACCUCUGCAUGGAUGCCUGCGGGUUUCAGUACGCAAAUGAUCUCACGGACGACUGUGUGUUCGAUGAGUAUAUAGAGGAGAACAAUUACAACACGUACUCGCGGAUACGAGGCGACAAGAAGACGUUUCUGGCGCUGGACAACCGGGGUAAGGCGCGGCGGACACAGAUACCGAUCAGCAGACCGCUGGGCAACCUGUCCGGGUACGCGCUCACGCUGACCAAGCGCUGGGAGGGGCCCAAGCAGGCGCAGUGUCCGCCGCGCCGGCAUCGCGGCAAACUGAAGCGACCGCCGCCCUUCCACAGGAACUGCCAGCGGCGGGUGCAGAAGCAGAACAUGAGGAAGCGGAAGCACAAGAAAGCGAACGAUCCGAAAAAGAAGCGGCAUCCGAAGGCGCGGCGGAAACACGCGAACACAACGACGUCCACCACGGAGGGUUGGGACGAGUCCACCAUGUCGACCAUGUCGACGACGGACGCCGAGUUUUUUCGGUCGGCGACCGCGCAAGAGGCGACCGGUCGCGCGUGAGCCGGUCCCUGCUCGCGGUCGGGGCUGCCGUGGCGCUCGCACACUAGCACCGUUCCACACUUACGCGAGAAUCUCUUAGCAUUCCCAUUCAACGCCCUUCCGCAGGAAUGGCUCUUGAAGUCGCAUGCGCCGAAUGAAACGGGCCGAUACGCGCCGGAGACUCGUUAAUCGUUACCCCUUGCGACUGCGGUGCUGAUGUUCCACCGCGAAAGGACUACAUUCUAUAACGUUCAGAGACCGCAGUCUAAAUUAGCAUUUCCCUAUUAAAUACUCAACAAUUCGUGACGUUGCAUUUAUCGUCGUCAUCGUAUGAUAUUAUUCUACCAAAGUUACUGAAAUUAUCUAUCUCAAUUUAUAUUCCUAGUUCGCUUUAACGUAGUUAUAUCGGAUUCCAGUCGUCUUAGUUAUCAUGAAAUUAUUAACAUAGAUGUUAUCGAUAACUUAUGAUUAAUAUCUAAUGAAUUUGUUUAAACGAGUCGAGAUUAAUGUUUGAUAAUGUGGAACUGUGUUAGGGGAAGGAAGGUCUGUGUUCGCGGCAAAUGGGCGGCGGCAGAGCGUGGCUGCUCAUAUAACCCGGUGCCCACUGUUCCUCUCAUCUAUUAUAACCUUUCGACCGAAUCACGCGUCUGUUUAUUAUUCGUAUAUCAUCUGAAUCCAUUUCCUAAGCGUCUCUUAUUUAAUUAAGUCUAAGUGAUCCGUUAAUGGAUGCUAUGCGGCCCAUCGUGUUCCGUUAUACGCAGUUAUCAGAUUCAAAUAUUUCGAAGCCCGUCCCCUACGAACGACUCAAAUAUUGUCUGUAUUAAUGUUAUGGUUAUAAUUGGUGACGAGUCCAUUAGUUGCGAACAUGGAUCGAAGAAAUGUUUUUGUAUUUAGACGGAUGUGUUGGGUGUAUUUUCAUAAGAAAUUGACUGAAAAUAUAUGACUGAGUAAUGUAGGUACCGUCGGUUUUGGAAUAGGCUAUGAUAGUGUAAUGUGCGGCGGCGGCAUGCUUCUGUUUAAUUUAAGUUGGUAAGCGAUGGAUGCGAAGCGAUCGAUUUUAUCUGUGUAACUCGAUUCAAACUCACGCCGUUUCGCGCGCGAAAUCGUUCGCUUCCGCCCGCCCAAAAAAAUGAAUUAGUGAUAAAAAAAUUUAACGGCGACGAAGUGACUAUUAGUAGUUAGUUAUAAAACGUGUAUGUAAUUUGUAAAUUAUUUAUUUUAUUUUCCAUAGAGAAAUUCGUAUUUUGUUAACGUUUUAGUUGAUGUUUUAAUUCUCUUGACCCCUUAGUUCCAUCCGGUGUAGAUAGUAGGAUGACAUACGCUUGUAAUGUUAGUGAGCCAAUUUUAUGUGUAAUAUUAUAUUUAUAAAUCCGUUCUGUAACGAUAUGUUAUUUGUAUUGUUUGUAUGGAUGAAUAUUGUGGAUGAAUACAUAGAUAUUAUUACACGAAUACAUUCUUUAUAGAUCCCUCGCAAUCGAUUUAUGUUCAUGUAUGAUAUCAUUAAAAAGUUAGCGGACUGUUUCUAUGAAUGCUAAUUCAAAAUUCAUACGAUACAAAUGAGCAUCCAUUAAACGAUUUGUAGUGACUAACAAUGAGAAUCAUUGGUCCGCUGAUUAUAAAUAUUCAAAAGAUAUGAAUAUUUACUGUAACAAGCUUUAUGAUUGUACCUACAUAAGUAUAUAAGAUGAUAUCAAGUUAUUUAUUGUGUCUCGUUGUGGAAAAUGAAAACGACGUCAUGUACUAUGUAAAUUGUAAAGCAUUUAACCACAUUUUAUUAAUACAUCCCGAAUCAACUCGUCAUUCAAUACAUGUUUAUAAUCGAUUUUCAUAAUCGAUACGCUAUUAUUAUUUUUUUUUGUAAAUAUCGAUCUUUUAGCCUAGAAACAGUAUUGGUGCAUCGUGAAACUUCUCGAUUUAAUAACUAGUUUUAUAAUUUUGUAUCAAAUAAACUUUGUCGUUAGACUUCGUAUUUACAUCAUUUGAUUACGUGGUUAUUUGAAUUUUAAUUCCUUUUUCAGACGUAUGGCAACACUAUAUUAAUCUCAUUCGCGCGCUCGAAAUUAUUCUUAAAAAUUACUUAUGUAUUUCACUAUGGUUUUAUUAAUCAAGUUUUUAAGAAAUUACAAUUUCCGAGUUUCGCGCCAUUUUGCAAAUCAUAGUACCAACAUUGUCAAUGUAAAAAUAAAUGUUAUUUUUGUUAUUUAUACACAUGUGCCAUAAUAUCCCUACUCUUAAUAGUUUUAUCUGUCAAUAGUAAUUUGUAAUAAUUAUCUUUUAUCUGAUAAGGGAUUUAACAGGAGUCGGUAAAUUUAUGUAUUAUAAUACUCCUUAAAAGUUCCGAGAAUCGCAUUAAAAAGUAUGGUAGAUGAGCCGCAUUAGGAGUCGGGGCCAUAUAGUUGCAUUUAAAAAGUUACAUAAAUUUUGAAAAAAAUUUUAUACUAUGAAAACCGUGUACUUAUAUAAAAUUAUAUUACGUAGUGAAUAAUCACAGAUAUUAUAUUGUAGGUCCAUAUAUCGUUAUCAAUACCUGUAUACUGUUGUCUCAAAGUAAGGACCGGUAUUCAUCUGAGUUCACAAGAAAUCCUAAUAGUUAAUGAAAAAAUAAAUAAAUUUUGCAACAUAUGGUCAAGCGAGAAGGGGUAGAGGAUUGGAUAAAGUAGUGAAAAAUGUAUCGAAAGCUUAGCUUGUACCCACCAAUUUAUGGCUCCCAGCCCCGUUUCUCGAAAUUUCGACGAAACGGGGUAAAACUUGGGUCAAACAGUAUUACUUAAUUAAUUUCGAUACCUUUACAUUUUUACAUUAAUAUACCGGUAUUCGUGAUACUGCAAAUGGACUCUUUAUGCUUAAUCGAUCGUGUGCAGCUCGAAUAUUACAAUAUACAAAACUGACAUACAUUAAAUAAUUUCACAAAGAUGCUCGAAGGACCAUUUCCACGAGAAUUCGAUCGAAUUUAGUGUGCAUAGUACAAUAAAGAUAGCAAUAAUAGAUUUAAAAAUGUACUAAUAAGAAAUUAUGAACCCUUAAUUCGAUCUGAUUGUUGUUACAGAAAUGAAAGUUAUAAAUAUUCGAGCCUUUAUCGUCGAUAUAGCAUAAUGUCGAUUGAUCGAAUAAAUUAUGUUAAUUCGUUAGAAUUAAUAAAUUUCUAUAGCACGACAGGCGGCAUACAUAUUAUAUAAUCUGAAUUACAUGUCGUGCGAUGGAAAAACUUGAGGUUUCGGCUCUCAAUUACAAAAUAUGCCACAAUAAGUAGAUUUACCAAAACAAUGAUCGAAACGUUAGACAAUAACUUUUUACAGCCUCUUAUACCGAGAAUAAAUAAAAAUGAUUCUUUGAAUA